CCCGUAACAAAGAUGGCAGUAGGCUGAAAAAAGGGCUGCUGUUCGUUGUCAUAACGGAGUGUGGCGCACUAGGAAAGGUUUCCUGUCAGAAGAGAAGGGGCGAGGACGGUGCUGCGGGAUGUCCGUCUUCCACGACGAAGUCGAGAUCGAGGACUUCGAGUACGAUGAGGAGACGGAGACCUACAGCUACCCCUGUCCCUGCGGGGACCGCUUCCUCGUCACGCGGGAAGAUCUUGAAAAUGGCGAAGAUGUGGCCACAUGUCCAAGUUGUUCACUCAUUGUAAAAGUAAUCUAUGACAAGGAACAGUUCAUGUGUGGUGAAGAAAUCGCAGCACCCACAACGAACAAGGAGCUGGUGAAAUGCUGAUGGUUGUUUGAUAAAACUUGGGUCUUCUUGCAAAAUGUGGCAAUGUUUAAACACAAAACUCAAGGACACCUAUUUGGAAGACUCUGUUCUUACAGUGGUUGGUUGCUUUUCAAUAACUGCCUCUGCUCCCAUCAGAGAACUGAUGUUCCAAAACCCUGGAUGUUCUUGUGUGCCCAAGAAUUUUCAAAUAUUAAAGUUACAGCAUAAUAUUUCAAGUGUCAGACUAAAAACACAGACAAAGGUAUCAUGAAUAUUUUUUUUCCAAAUGGAGCAAUCCUUGCAAAUCAUCACUGUUUAAAGACUCUUGGAUUCCACCUGGAAAUGUGCAGAGUAUUUACCGUGGGGUCUUAUAAUAAGACAAAGAAGAUAAUCUUCCAUACUGAUGUGCUAUAUUUGUUGAAAUUGUAUUUACUCUAGUUCAUCGUAUAAUAGUCACACUCCUGUUUUUUGAAGGGGAAGAAAAGUGGAAAAAUAUGACUUAUGCGAUGAAAUAUAGGUAUAUUGAUUCACCUAUUCAUCUUUCUUGCACAGUGCCAACUUGUGUUGCCUAGGCAAUUCCAUUAGUUUAUUUUGACAUUAUAUAGUUUUAUUAUUUUGACAUUUGUGUUGUUGGACUAUUGUGAACAAAUGAAAGCUGACUUAAUAUUUUCAGUGUGCCAAAUCUGUAUGGACUCUGAGGUUCAGAGGAAUUUGAGCUUUUAAGUGGGCUUAACUCAGUAUAAAUUUGAAUGCUUAUUUCUUAGGAUUUCAUACCAGUCAGGGUUUGUAGCAACCUAAGUUGUAUUUCAAUUACAAUGGCUUUCCAAUUUGAGUAAUUUAUUUCUGUAAGACUUUGCAGAGUGAAUGUUUGUACAGUCUCAUCUGCAUUAAUGUUUGUAUUAGAACUUGCACAAAGUUCACUGAGUCUAUUUUUAGGAGUGUCAUAAUUUCACUCAAAAAUCACCAUGUUGUCAAAUUAUUUAACUGGCUAUUCAGUUUUCAGUAAUUGACUUUUGAUGCACUAGUCUAUUCAACUCCAAACAUUCAGACUUAUAGUCUGAUUUUAUUUUUCUAGACUUGGAAUUCAUGAAGAAAUGUAAACCUAUUUCAUUUUCAGGGGUCUCCCCCAUUAACUAGUAUUUAAUAACAAUCAGUCUGCUUAACUUGCUCUUGGACAGAAUGACAGCACAUGUUUAUGUGAUUUUUGAGAUCUAGCACUGACCAACAGUUUAUCAUCAUGUAAAUAAUUUUUUUGUUUAAAUCCAUUUUUAAACAGUUAAUGGCCAAUAAGAUGGCACCAAAAUUGGGGUUCAUAUCAAUAUUUGUAGAACGCUUGAAUUGCAAAUAUUUAUUUUGCCUUUUAAAUUAAAAGGUGAGUUUUUAAACUCUUGUAGAAGGUUUUAUUCUCCCUUUACUGGAAUGACAGUAAUGUUUUGUGAAAUCUUAUACUACAUUUUUUUUUCUGAUCACAAAAUUCAGAAUCUUUUCUGUGUCAGUUGCCACAAUACCUGUUGCAUCAUCUGGCUUUUAGUGUACAUAUCCCUAAAAUGUCAUGCUGAUACACUGACCUGUAAAAUCAGGUCAUGUAGAACUAUUGAGUAAGUUAAUUUACGGACUUGCUGUGUUGGCAGUAAAGCGGAUAAAUUUGUACUCUCCA